CCACGGCAUCAAAGGAAACCUUUGCCCAAAACCAAAUUCUGCAUCGUUCGUCUCAUCUUUCUUUCCCAACAUUCCUUUCGGACCUCUCUCCGCCCCAACAAAACCCAUCGACUGCAAGAUUGCUUUUGCGGAGGCACAGACGAAUCGAUGGCAACCAGCGACGUUACAGCGACCGAAGUAAGCGCCGCGGCGGCCGCCGCCACGGACGCACCGGCAGAGAAACCGCAGCCUCACCAGCUCGAGAGAAAGUGGACGUUCUGGUUCGAUAACCAAUCCAAGCCCAAACAGGGCGCCGCUUGGGGCAGCUCUCUCCGCCAAGCCUAUACCUUUGAUACCGUCGAAGAAUUCUGGUGUUUGUAUGAUCAGAUAUUCAGGCCUAGCAAGGUCACUGUAAACGCUGAUUUCCAUUUGUUUAGAGCUGGGGUUGAACCCAAGUGGGAAGAUCCAGAGUGUGCUAAUGGAGGAAAAUGGAGUGUUGCUUGUGGCAGAAAGCCUCUCUUGGAUACGAUGUGGCUAGAAACUCUCAUGGCUUUGAUCGGAGAACAAUUUGAUGAAUCCGAAGAGAUUUGUGGGGUGGUUGCAAGCGUCCGCCAAAGGCAAGAUAAACUUGCUCUAUGGACUAAGACAGCAGCAAAUGAAUCUGUUCAGAUGGGUAUUGGAAGAAAGUGGAAGGACAUCAUUGAUACUACCGACAAAAUCACCUACAGUUUUCAUGACGAUUCACGCAAGGAAAGAUCCGUCAAGGGCCGAUACAGCGUGUGAGCUACGGACGGUUCCUUGGAUCUGCACUGCAUUCUAGUUUGGUGUCUUUGCAUUAUUCUGCCGAACCAAUCUACAUGUAAUUUUAGACUUCAGAUGUUGUAUUGAAGGUCUAGCUAGCUAGUCCAUAGUCUUUUAGCAGUCUGUAUCAUUUUGUGAGCCAGAGUGGCUAUUGUGCCUGAUAGACAUGUCCUAAGAACAUAUGUUUCUUCAUACUCCGAAUUUUGCACCUUAAUACUUCCUCACUCCAUACAGAGAUUGUUGGCUUAGUUUGUGCAAACACCAGAUGAUUGCUUUAAAUUCCUAGCAGAGUUUCCAGUUUUCUUUCCUGUUUGGCUUUUAAGUCAUAGCUAAUCUAUUCUUCAUAGGAAAAAAACUCAGUUUUCAGGAACUACAGCUAAAAUUGUGAUGUCUAGAUAGUGUCAAAACACAAGGGAACUAUUACAGACAGCAUUAAGAAUGAGAGCAACAGUUACAGUUGUACAAAUACUACAGCAGUGGUGGCGUUGGUUCUCUCAGGCAACUUUCCAUCUCCUUUACAAUGGAGUUCCAACACAAAAUGGACCUGUAUCUUUCUUUGCUUUGUCCUGUGUUUAUCAAAUCAAGCGAGGAAGCCAAGUUUUUCUCCAUUCUUCUUGGCCAACCUAAUCAGCCCUUGCCUUUGCUUUGCAUCUGCUCCAAUCGACUUGCAGAACUCGGUGAUUACCUGCAACCACACAUUUUAAGUACAAUUCCUCAGAGAAACCCAGAUAAGCAGUGAAUACUGAAUCCAAAAUCAAGUCUUUUUUUGCAUGCAGCAGGCCAAAAAUUAAAAUUAGCCGGAAAAUAGCGAAAUCAGAAAGGGACCGAUACCUGUGAGUGCAAGGCGAUAGCUUUGCCUCGAAGCUGAUUAAACCUCUUCUUCCCAAUGAGAUUGCGAGCAACAACCACAGCUGGAGCAAAAAGACCCUUGCCUUCGUUAACGUUCUUCAUCAUGGGUGGCAUCUUCACUGGCUUCCCGACUCUGACUUGGUUUGGAACUGACCUCGACAGCACGGUGUAAUCCUCGCCAGCCAUUGAUGUCCCCCAUUCCCCCAUGAAUGAGGUACCGAAACCUCCUUUAACCCCAGUUGCAGAAAUUGAAGCAACAGCCAUUAUACACAGCAACUAGGAAGAGAAGAAAUUUCUGUAAACCAGGCCAAGAUUCUCUCUUUUCUAGGAUGUGGGUUUUUUCUUCUUCCCAAGUUUCUGUGAUAUUCUUCUUCUGCUCUUUUUUUUUUUUUUCCUUCUGUGGCU